CGAAUUGAGAGGUUUGCUCUCGUUGCAUUUUGACAAGUCGUUUUGGAAGAUGUGAUGAGUGUUUAGGGCUGUUUUUUAAGUGAACCUGUGAUAAUAAUAUGUACUAAAAGUAACAAAUUUCUCAAAGAAAUAGGAUAGUGAUAGUUAUAUUCAUCAUGAAUCUUGAAUUCCUCCAGACUUUCUUGCUGUUAAGUGUAGUUUCCAUCGCCGUAGUUUCGGCUGGAAGAGACUUCUAUCAAAUCUUAGGUGUAGACAAGUCAGCUAGUUUACAUGACAUUAAAAAAGCUUAUAGGAAAUUAGCCAAAGAAUUACAUCCCGAUAAAAACCAAGACGAUCCCAAUUCUUCGCAGAAAUUCCAAGAUUUAGGGGCAGCUUACGAAGUCCUAUCGGACGAGGACAAAAGGAAGAAGUAUGAUAGAUGUGGUGAAGAUUGCUUACAGAAGGAUGGUAUGAUGGAUGGAGGUAUGGAUCCUUUUGCAAGCUUCUUUGGAGACUUUGGCUUCCAUUUUGGAGGCGGCGAACAAAAACAUGAAACUCCCAGAGGAGCUGACUUAGUUAUGGAUGUAUACGUAACUCUAGAAGAUCUCUACACUGGUACUUUCAUUGAAAUCACCAGGAACAAACCAGUUUUAAAACCCUCGAGGGGUACACGGAAGUGUAAUUGCAGACAAGAAAUGAUCACCAAAAGUUUAGGUCCAGGACGAUUCCAAAUGAUGCAGCAAACUGUAUGUGAUGAGUGUCCAAAUGUUAAGUUAGUCAAUGAGGAGAGAUUAUUAGAGAUGGAAGUUGAGCAAGGUAUGAUAGAUGGACAGGAAACUAAGUUUAUAGCGGAAGGAGAGCCACAUUUGGAUGGGGAACCUGGGGAUUUAAUUUUGAAGAUUAAGACACAGCCUCACAAAGUUUUUGAAAGAAGGGGAGAUGACUUGUAUACAAAUAUAACCAUUAGUUUACAGGAUGCUCUCACUGGUUUCACGAUGGAAAUACCUCAUUUGGAUGGACACAAAGUCAGUAUUGUUAGAGAUAAAAUCACAUGGCCAGGUGCACGCAUUCGUAAGAAGGGCGAAGGUAUGCCCAAUUAUGACAACAAUAAUCUACAUGGUAUACUUUUUAUCACCUUUGAUGUGGAAUUUCCUAAACAAGAACUGACUGAAGAGGAUAAAGAAGCCCUCAAGAAGAUCCUCAACCAAAGCUCAAACAACAAAGUGUACAAUGGUCUCCGCGGCUAUUAGGAUACAUAUCCCUCUACAUUUUUGGGACCUCUGUAUAAAGUAUUUAAAUUCGGUUUCCAUUUUACUUAAUUUAUUUUUGAUUCCUAUUUAUUUAAGUGAAGAGAAUUGUGUAUAUACAAAAGGAAUUUUUUGAAAUAUACCAGUGGUAUCUAUGGACAAUAUUUUAUCUAAAAACCCACGUGUGUUAAGUCAAUAUCAAUAUACAUACAUGUAUAUGGGAAGAGACAGAAUAUGGUAAUGAAGUAAUCAAUAGUCAAAUCAAGAUAAACUUGAAAUUGGUGAAUCACAUAUACUGUUAAAUUGAUCCUGUUUAGUGAAUUCAUUGCUAUUAGUGCUUUGGAAUUAACAGCCAAAUAUUUUCAGCCACAAGGACAAGCUUACACUUAAAUAUAUUAGUUUAUGUUUGAUAUAAUGUGUUCAACUAAAGUCCGUUGUAUCUCAUACAAUUUUCUGAACACUAUAACGUAAAUUAAUAAAUUGUGGACAUCAGCACAUUGUUUUUACAAUGUUUUAGUGGUGAGAUCAUUCAAAUGACAGACAGUCGACAUUUCGAAGCAGCGCACAAAAGUCUAGGAGUAUAGUGAGUAACACAAGAGCUUUCGAUUGAAGUACUAUUUGCCAUAUGAUCUAAUUUAAAAUAUUUGUUCGAAAUGAUGCCCGUUUGCAUAACUCAUCACUAAAACAUCGUAAAAACAUUGUGCCAGCACUCAAAAUUUAUUAACUUUCGUUUUAUACUUCAGAAUACAGUUUUCAGGGCGCCCACAUGUAAAUUUUUCGAUUUAUAAGAUAGAAAUGAAACUUCUGGUAUAUUUUAAGUAUGUUUGAACCUCAGCUGUCUGUGAAUUUAGUCAACUUUUCAAAAAAGAAUAUGAUUUGAUGAAUUGUAAAUAUUUUAUUUUCAAUUUAUAUUAAAUUUGUUUUGCAAGUAAAUUUGCGAAUACUUUUUGUAAUAUAUUAGUGAAAAUACUACAAAA